AUGGAGGUCCGGCUCCCGCCCAGCUGCUGGGCUCGGGGGUUAGACUCCCGACACGAUGGUCGGGCUCGGUGUAGGGCUCAGUUCAGGCGCUCACCGUGCUGCGUGGGGUCGGGGUCCGGCACGAAGGUGAAGUGCGCAACCGAGCGCCGGGCUGCCGUCGCCGCCGGUCGCGCCAGCCUCGCACGGCUCCGGCCAACCGUCCCGCGGAACAACAGUCUAACCACCGCCGCCAUCUUCCGUCUCUCAGCCAGCUCACCGCGCACCGAGCCUGCGCACACGUCCAUUGGCUGCGGCCACCCCCAAUCCCCUCCGUCGUCAUCGGUUAACCAACCAGAUUUUUCAGAAGAAAAGUUUGAGGCCGCAGCAGAGAUCUUUCACAUUUUCUCAGCAUUGUUGGAGAUGGUUACCACAGACAUCUGCUCCGUAGAACUUGUCAAGGACAAAGCAGUGGUGUUAAAGAACGAGCUGUACCUUUCAUCAAGUCGUUCCAGUAUAUUUACAACACUGACAAAGAGGAAAAAUCAUCCAAAUAUGGCACAUCCACAAGUCCAGAGCAGACAAUUAUCGCUCUUUCAAAGUAAAAUGAUGGUAUCACAGGCGACAGGGGAGAACUGGUGGCUCUAGUCCUACUUCAAAACUGAAGACUGA